AUGACCGAUCAAGUCCGCGCGGCUCACUUGCUGAUCAAGCACAGCGGCUCGCGUCGCGCAUCGUCGCGUCUGUCGAACAACAUCACGCGAUCCAAAGAUGAAGCCAUCGCACAGCUCGUCCAAUUGCGGGACCAGAUUGUGACGAAGCAGGCCAAGUUUGAGGACCUGGCGAUGCAGUACAGUGACUGCAGCAGCGGUACGCGGGGCGGGGACCUCGGCCCGUUCGGACGCGGCAUGAUGCAGAAGCCGUUCGAGGACGCCACGUUUGCACUUGCGGUGGGCGAGCUGAGCGACGUUGUGGACACGGACAGUGGCGUGCACAUUAUCCUGCGCACCGCGUGA